CUAAUUAUACGACACGCGCAUUUUGACGCAUCGGUGGGAGUGGUGGGAGACAAUGUUCGCGCUUAGCCGUGGUGCCAGCAAUCCAGGUCGAACAGUGCUAGCCCGCCUCGAUGUUUCAAAUUAUCUACAAGAUGCCAUCAAAUCGGGCCUGGUGCGGGCAACGACGGACAAGGAGAAGCUGCCGUCGCUCGAGGAACCUUAUGCAGUCUUGGCUGUCAUUCUCCUUGUGCUACUUUCUGGUCGUGAGGGGUCCGUGAGGGCCACUCAGGAUCAUGUUUGCGCCCCGGAAGCCGCCAGCGUCUUUUCCCAUUCCGAUUCUGGUCAUACGCACAUCUAGCUUACUACCAUCACUCGAUUCUGGCCGAUAAUUAAGCCGUCGACGACUC